AUGUACCAGUACAGCGUUGUCUCUUCGUCGCAGACGAACUACGGAUACUCUUCUGAGCACAGCCACACGGGGUCGUCACGAAGCAGUGCCUGGCUUCCCGGUCGGGUUUGCUUUUGUCUAAUCUUGCAUAACGAACGACGCCCGCGUCCACCGACGACGACGCAGCUCGAGAGGGCUUUCGUAAUUCCGAUUCUUUCUACCCAGAGCCCGGCGGCCGUCCAGAGCGGUUCGCUCUGGCGGAACCGAUGUUUGGGAGACACGCUGGCGGGCAACUACCGAGUAGGGGACUACAAUGUCGGUUACUCGGCACAGGAGUCGCAUCCGGCCGAGCAGAGCCAUCAGCAGCACGGUUAUGAUGCUUCUUCGCAACACCAUCAUCACCACCGGGGCUCGAUUCACCACACUGGCGGCCCCGCCCACGGUGUACCAGAACAGCCUGGCGCCCACCAGGCGCACCAUCACGCCAUGUCGCAACACCACCACCACCCUCACCCUCACCCUCACCACCACCAGCAGCAGCAACAGCAGCAGGUCAUCUUGGACCCUUCCCAAAUGGGACAUUCUCGACACCUGGCGGCCGCCUCUCACUUCGCCGGUCCGGGGGCAGUCGUGGCACCGCUGUACCCAUCAAUGACGGCACCGUCGCCCACUCACGCGCAUCACUCUGGUAUCAAGCGUCCUCAUCCCGACGAACUGGAACUGUCCAUUCCUCCCAUGCCGGAUCUUGAACAAGGUGAGCUCGAGAGCAUGCAGCAAACAUCUCUCGGAGCCGCCUACGCCGAAGCUGCGGCGCAAUCCGCCGUCCAUCCACCGACACACCAUCAUCACAGGCUACCCGACACAGGGCCACCUUCCAAGUUGACGAGAAGGGAGGGAGAAGGCGGCGUUGGCGGGGCCCCGAGCGUCGUGGGGCAACCGGGAAUGCCGCCAGCAGCACCAAGACCAAGGGGGCCGAAGCUCAAGUUCACGCCCGAGGACGACCAGCUUCUGAUCGAUUUGAAGGAAAACAAGAAUCUCACCUGGAAGCAGAUUGCCGACUUCUUUCCGGGGAGGUCUUCAGGGACCCUCCAAGUGCGGUACUGCACAAAGUUGAAGGCCAAGACCACCCAGUGGACUGACGAAACGGACGAAAAGCUUCGUGCUGCCAUGCAAGAGUACGAGAACGAAAAGUGGCGCAUUGUGGCCAACAAACUAGGGGCCGGAUUCACCCCAGCGGCUUGCAGGGAGCGAGCCCACGAACUAUACGGCCCUCCUUUAUAG